CCGGACCCCCUUUGUCCUCCACGGGUAGACGCUGCUCUGCCGCCAUGGGUAAAGGCGACCCGAGCAAGCCGCGGGGCAAGAUGUCCUCAUAUGCCUUCUUCGUGCAGACCUGCCGGGAAGAGCACAAGAAGAAGCACCCAGACUCUUUGGUGAACUUCGCCGAGUUCUCUAAGAAGUGUUCGGAGAGAUGGAAGACCAUGUCUGCCAAGGAAAAUUCCAAGUUUGAAGACAUGGCAAAAAGUGAUAAAGCUCGCUACGACCAGGAGAUGAAAAAUUAUGUUCCUCCCAAAGGUGAUAAGAAGGGCAAGAAAAAAGAUCCCAAUGCUCUGAAAAGUCCACCAUCUGCCUUCUUCCUGUUUUGCUCUAAACAUCGCCCAAAGAUCAAGAGUGAGCACCCGGGCCUCUUCAUUGGGGAUACUGCAAAGAAAUUGGGUGAGAUGUGGUCUGAACAGUCGGCCGAAGAUAAGCAGCCCUAUGAGCAGAACGCAGCUAAGCUGAAGGAGAAAUAUGAGAAGGAUAUUGCUGCAUAUCGUGCCAAGGACAAAAGUGAAGCAGGAAAGAAGGGCCCUGAUAGGCCAGCUGGCUCAAAGAAGAAGAAUGAGCCAGAAGAUGAGGAAGAGGAGGAGGAAGAAAAUGAAGAUAAGGAGGAAGAGGAUGAAGAUGAAGAAUAAAUGGCAACUGUGUGU